AUGAAGGAGUCGAUUGCACCAUGGGACACGGCAGAGACCAGCUCCCCCAAGCUGCCUCGAUCUCGGAGACAGGCCUGCCCCCAGUCCGGCAGCAGCUUGAGCCCGCAGGCACUUAGAAUAGCACUAGGAGAUGGGCAGAAGUCGCUGACAGCUCAGCCCAGCACGGUGCCAGGUUCAUUUCCGCUCAGUGAGGCUGGUGGCUUUAGCCGGGAGGUGACUGCCCUUCCUGCGACUAGCACUGAUGAGAACGCGGCCACCGCGCAGCCCCGUUUCAACAGCACUCUCCGGCUGGACGAGUCCCCCGUCCCACCCAGUCCCAACGCCACUGCCGGCGCCACAGACGGAAGGCUGCACACGCCUGCCCCAGCCAUCGCCGAGAACACGACGCCCGGGCUCCGGGAUAAGAACCUGUCGGCCAACAGCAGCGCUGAGCUUCUGGCUCCGGCGGCCAACGCCACAAAUGCCAGCCAGCCCGCCCAGGAAGGAACCGAGCCCUCCAGCACCACGGAGCCGACUGGCACCACGGCUGUGGUUCCAACACUUCUGCCACCAAAGGACUCGCUGGCCACAACUGGCAGCUCCCAGCUGGAGUCUUCUGCAUUCAACACUUCGGAGCCCAGGCCAGGGACCCCUGAUCCCAGGCCACACACCGCCCCUGAGAGCACCACCGAGAAGAGCACUGCAGGGCCCACGACAGUCCCCGUUGCCGUGACGACAGGGAGCACACCUGCAGCUACCACCGCCAGCACCACGGUGGCAACCCCCGGAGCUUCCCCCACCACCGGGGCAGCUACCACCGCCAGAAUAGAGCCAUCCGCUGAUCCCGUGCAUGAGAAGCCUUCUGUGUUGGACGUGGGAGACGACGAUAUUCAAGACCUGCCCAGCUCCGCCGUAGCCAGCACGAUGGGAGCCGACCCUCUGGUGAUCGGGGUGGUCUCCAUGUUUGCCGUCAUGGUGGGGAUCCUCGCCCUGGUGGGCCUCCUGAGAUACCGUCCCAGGGCCCAUUCCUCUGUGGAAAUCCGUCCUCGUGGCCUUAACCAGACCUCUGGUCGAGUCCUUGGCAUCUCGCCCUUUCCCACUCUGGUGUUAGAACACUGUGUUCCUGGCCCUGAGGAGAUCCCCAAGGCGUGCGUGAGAGUUGCAGGCUCGGAUGGCAGAGGAGCCUUGUACACCUUCUCCAAACACAGAGACGACAUGAUGGAGGAUACGCCCCUCUCCCUCUACAGCUACUAG